AAUGAAAGACAUUGCUUUGAUUCAAGUGAUGAAAACUGCUAUACAGUAUCUUGUUUUCAAUGCAUGUUCAGAUUUGACUCUUUUAUAUUUAAGUGGAGAUUUAGAUCGUUGUGAAAAUGAUUUAAAAGAUCACAUCAUAAGAAAUUACUAUGCGAGACAUAAACAUUUAUCUAAAAAUACUACUCAGUGUAGAGUUGAAUACGAUUCACUCAAUCAAGCGUUAACGAAAGCAAAUUAUCCAUUUGAAGAGUUAUUAAAUUGUACUAAUGCUAAAUGCAAAAUAGGUGAUUAUCAAUGCAAAAAUGUUAACUAUUGCGUUCCUGUUCAAUAUGUUUGCGAUAAAGUAGUUCAUUGUUAUUGGGGUGACGACGAAGAGGAUUGCGGUGAAAUAAAUGAAAAUCUAAUACAUCUCUAA